AUGGCCGUAUGGACAUGUGACGAGGCAGCCGUUGGUAUCGUUGCCGCUUGCUUGCCCAACCUCCGACCAUUGUUCAGGUUUGGUGAACGCGGCUUCUGGACCCAGAUUCGCUCUCAAGGCCAAGAAUCUGGACAUUCUCAUCUCAAAAACAUAACCACAACUACUACCACAGUCUCCACAAGUGACAUGAGUAUGCAGAGGCCCUUGACCUCUACGGAUGAGCAAGAGAUUGAGUUCCAGAAUUACAGUCCCUACAUGAAGGGAUUUGCAACUGCAAUAGUCACAUCUCCACUUGAUGUUCUACGAACCCGUCUCCAGUCUGAUUUUUACCAACCCGUCGCUCGUUCCUCCUCGGCCGCCUCUACAUCUAUUCCUCCUCAUUCAAAUCACAAGACGCUCCGAAUAAUCGGCAAUAUAUACAAAGCAGAAGGAUGGAGAGCGUUCUUCCGCGGUCUUGGCCCUAGUCUAGCAGGUGUAGUUCCAGCCACUGCCAUAAAAUUCUACGUCUACGGAAACGCCAAGCGGAUUGGUGCACACGUCCUUGGCUACGGCGACGACUCAGUGCUCAUCCACGCACAGGCAGCCAUCACCGCAGGUAUUGCUACGGCCACAGCCACCAAUCCAAUCUGGUUAGUAAAAACACGAUUACAACUUGAUCGGGCUCAAAGCGCCACUGGGGCUCGCCGCUACCGCAACAGUCUCGACUGUGUGAGGCAAGUUGUGCGCCAUGAGGGUAUAAAGGGUCUGUAUAAGGGGCUAAGCGCAAGUUAUCUCGGCUCGGUCGAGACAGCGCUGCAUUUAGUCAUGUAUGAGCGCUUGAAGAAGACUUUCUCCGAGCAACUCGGUUCCCCCGACGGCAAGGAAACAUCUACGCAGAAGGAAAUUGCUAGUUGGAUUAGUACAACCGGUGCUGCGGGAAUUGCCAAGUUCGCCGCUGCGCUGAUUGCUUACCCGCAUGAGUGCUUCAAACUAAUUGCCAAAGAAGAGGGCAUAGCCGGUUUAUACGGAGGUUUGACACCGCACAUGGUCCGGUCGAUUCCCUCCGCUAUCAUCACUCUCGGCGUGUACGAGUUUGUCCUGAGAUUUGCUGGGUCGGCAUAG